ACCCACUACGCACACGAUAGAUGACGCUCAGCAACGUUAGAACAGGACUACUGUAGUGUGACAUCUAUAAUUUUUAGCUUAAAACCUACACGAUAAUGAGAAAUCUUUACAGAUUUCUAGAACCACAAGUUAUUGCCGCGCAGCUGUAACCUUUAUCCAGUAGAUGGUACAAUUCUUCAUUUUGUCACAUGCCAUGCGAACUUGACAAAACCUAACCUAAUAAAAAAUUCUAGAGAAAAGAAGCAAAAUACGAAAUUGGUCUAUUGAAUAACGAAAUGGCCCUGUUUGGACUCAGGAAUAUCUUGCGACAAAGCCAGGCUGUGAGCGAAACAAUCCUCUUUUCUAACAGAACGAUAGUUUUGUCAAAUGUUCGAAGAAAUACUACAGCAGAGCAAAAAGCUGCUGAACAAAAAGAUCCACCAGCAGAAGGAGAAAUAAACGUAGAGUUGGAUCAGUUGAAUAAGCAGGUAGCAGAGUUGAAACAGCAGAACUCAGAUCUAUUGGACAAAUACAAGCGAGCUUUGGCAGAGAGCGAAAACAUGCGCAGCCGUCUUACUAAACAGAUUGCCGAAGCGAAGAUAUUCGGCAUUCAGAGCUUCUGCAAAGACCUGCUAGAUGUCGCUGAUGUACUGAACAAAGCCACAGAGACUGUGCCAAAGGAAGAGAUAAAUGAUAAGAACCCGCAUUUGAAAAGUCUAUAUGAAGGUCUAAUGAUGACUGAAGCUCAAUUGCAGUCGGUGUUCAAGCGACAUGGAUUGGAGCAAGUAAAUCCCUUGAACGAGAAGUUCAACCCAAAUUACCAUGAGGCGCUAUUCCAACAGGCGGUCCAAGGGAAAGAACCCGGAACAGUGGUUGUAGUAUCAAAAGUAGGAUAUAAACUCCAUGAUCGAGUGGUUAGACCUGCUCUGGUGGGUGUUGCAAAAUAAUGUGUGAAUACUGACAUCUGAAUCAUGUUGUCACCGAUUUAAGUGUAUUUUUUAAAUUAUAUAUGGCACAAGUGAACCAUUGAUUCUCUUUUUGUAAGACUAAGAAAUUGCGCUCGGUUACUGUUAGGAGAGUGUGAGUAAACGUUGUUAUUAUAUUUUACGAGAAAAGCAUUGUAAAUAUAUAUAAAUAUGCAUUGUUUUUAUUUUGGUACAUUUUGCUUUAUUGUCACACCUAUCACACUGUUAAAUAGAUGUUUAGUCAUGUUUAAAACAACAACUUAACACUUUUAAUCUUUAACAUCUGUUUAAACGAAACUUUUUAAUAUUGCUCUUCAAUGCUCCCAAGUUUUUGAACGGGUUAAGUUAG